UAAUAUUCAUAGGUUUGUCAGUCUUUGAUCAAUUUUCAGCACAAGUGAGAAGUCUGCCUCUGUUUGCUACUCUAGAAACAGAGCAGCUUCACAAUCAAAUUGCUCCACCACGCCAAUCAUACUACAUAGGGCAUAGGGGGUGUCAUGCCACAGAUUAAAAAAGUGUUAACAAAUUAAGCGCUUCCAGUUCCCGCUGAAAUCGCAUGUCUGAUGUAUAGACUGUGGGUCGAGGUAACAACUACUACUGAUGUCUGACGCGACUUCUUUCCCAAAGCAACAAGAUAAUUCCAGUCCAGUGGCAAGUCAAGGUAUUUAUCCAAGCUUCCCGCCACCCACCGGCACACUCACAGCUCAAACUCCUAGUCAUGCCCCUCGCCAUAGCCCUCCUCUCCCUUCCACCACGCCCACUCGCCUCUCCAUUCUCCUCUUCUUUCUUCAAGUGUCAUGCUUCCUCUCCCUCCACACUAAUCCCACUAUCGUCUCCGUCUCCGCCUCCGCCGGCUCUGUUUCUCCCUCAAGACCCUAAGGCUAACCCUAUCUCAUCUUCCUCUUGCUCUCUUCACUGCCCUCACUUCCAAUCCUGCUCCGGUUGUGCUCACGAGCACAACCUGCACCACCCUCCCAUUCUCGACGAGGCGAUUCAAUUCUUCAGGACCAUUGGCGUUUCCAACUUCACUUUCGAUAGUUGUAGACUCUGGGGAUGGAGGUGUCGUGCAAAGCUUGCAGUUCGUGGUUCAUCUAUUAAACCGUUAAUUGGGCUUUAUGAAGAGGGCACUCAUAAUGUAGUCGAUAUUCCUGAAUGCAAAGCUCAUCAUCCGAGCAUUAAUGCUGCAGUGGACCUACUAAAACAAGCAAUGGCUGAACUGAAUAUCAUACCAUAUGAUGAAGACAAGGGAACAGGUGAACUAAGAUAUGUUCAGAUGGCUGUAACUACUUACAACACAUCUCUUCCUGCCUCUGAGAGAUACAGCAAGGGUAAGGUGCAGGUUGCUUUGGUUUGGAAUUCGAGAAAUGAGAGCUCACCUAGUUAUGGAAAGUUAAAUGCUCUGGCCAAUUACAUGUGGAUCAGAGGGGGGCCAAAGAGGGAAGUGCAUUUGAUCCAUUCUAUUUGGGCUAACUUCCAGACUUCAACAAAUAAUGUUAUUUUUGGGAAAAGAUGGAGACACCUUUUAGGUGAGAGAGACUUCUGGGAGCAUGUUGGAGGAAUUGAUGUUUCUAUGGCUCCUUCAAGCUUCGGGCAAGCAAAUACACGGGCUUUUGAUUCUUUACUGCAUAAACUACAAAAGUAUGUUCCUUAUGGCGCAUCAGUAGUUGAUCUGUAUGCUGGUGCUGGGGUGAUCGGUUUGUCUUUGGCUGCCACAAGGAAAUGCAGGUCUGUGAAAUGUGUGGAGGUCAAUAAAGAAGCAAAGCUUUCUUUUGAAAAGACAGUUUCUCGGUUACCAACCACCACUGACUGCAGCAUAAGCUGGCAUCAGGCAGACACUUCAAAAGAGCCACUUUCUUGGCUCAUGGGAUCCGAUGUUGUUGUGGUUGAUCCUCCGAGGAAAGGGCUAGACUCAUCUCUGCUCACUGCAUUGCAGUCUCUGUCAUCCAUAAAGAUCAAGCAUAAUUUACCUGAAAGUACCGAGAGAAAGAUCAGAACUGAAAAAAGACCAUGGAUUCUUCGGCAAAGAGAAACUUCAGUGCAGAGUAAUGGCCAGAUGGCACAAGAUGAAAUUCAGUCACUACCUCAAACUCUCAUAUAUAUAAGCUGUGGAUGGGAUAGUUUCAAAGAGGAUUGCAUGUCCCUGCUCUCUAGUAAGCAAUGGCAUUUGGAUAAAGCCCACGGCUAUAAUUUUUUCCCUGGAACACAGAGUGUUGAGGUCUUGGCUGUGUUCAAAAGAGGCUCAGGAGUAAACAUAAAGAGAAAGAAAUCUGGAAAAAAGAAAAGAAUCACUUGUGGUGCAUUUGGCCAUCCAUAGAUGUGGCAUGCUGUAACUGAGGAAAAAGUUCUCCAAGAAUCUGUGUCAGCGAGAUUUGGAAUGGGCCAAACAUUCAUUUUUCUAUUUGUUUAUGCCUGCUCCAUGAAACAAUAUUGUAUAUAGAUUGAUUGAUUCGACGAGAUGAGAUGCAUUAUAAACUGAUGUAUGGCGACAAACAAUCUACAUAUCUUUGUAUACUUUAUACUUGUGAAUCUGGAGAAAGAAUGAAUUCUUCAACAAAAUUAGGAAUUAAUACUUAAAGAAGAAUGUGAUGAUUGAAAGUGACAGUAAGCUGUCUCGGGUUGGAAGAUUAAUGCCCCUUUUUGCUUCCAUUGGACUUUUUCAGUUGCGGUAAGGCACUCAAAAUGUUGUGGGCUCUCAAGUCCUGCCUUGUCAAUA